UUCCUGGUCAACACUUCACAUAGCAUUAAAAUAGGCGCAUUCAUUUUUGCCGCUCAAAAUGGGAGCCAAGCUAAACACAAUAGGGGCUGCUGGAAGUGGGGCAAUCAUUUCGCGAAUGUUCCCAAGUGCAUACGCGCGAUUGUACUUUUGUGAAGGGGCGUAUGUAAUUCACCCGCGCAUGUAUUAAGUUGUACAUACUGUAAAGACGUAAUCCAGUUUGUAAUUUUCUCCAUUUGGGGAUAAAUGCAAGAAGUUACAAAUUUGCGAAUAUUGCGAUGAACUGGAUGGGCAUUUUUUUUGUACCUUUCGUUUUCCCUUUUUUUUUCGUUCCCUUCGUUAUCCCUUUUUUGUUCGCACCUUUCGCUUUCCCUUUUUCCUCUCGCUUCACCAUUUAAAUGAUGCUAGGCGGGAAGAGCCCCAGAAAAGCAUCCGAAAGCAGGAACUCGAGGAACUCCUCAAAGAAGGAAGAAAGCGAAAAUGGAAGGGAACAAAAAAGGAGUGAAAAUUCGAGGGGAAAUAGUAACCACAUGUCGAAUGUGAAAAAGGAAGGAAGUUCCCACUCGACCAGUGACAGCAAGGCACAUGAAGAACAUCAAAAAAAGGGAACUGCUCAUAAUUCAGGAUACACAAAAAGUGAAAAGAAUAAAAAAGGAAAUGCAAAUGAAGAUGGCAGUCCCCUAAGCAUGAAGGAAAAAAACACAUCCAACAGCUCACCCAGGGUGGCAGCAGGGGGGGGCGAAGUGAAGGGCACCUCAAAGGAUGAAGCUAAUUCGGGAAAAAAAAACACAGUUAAGUGGGAAGAUGAACGAAAUGAUAAUUUAAAAAGAGGCCACAAAAGAACAAUGGAUGCUAAUGACGAAAUGAAGGAACAGUCAGCAAAUUGUAAAAAACAAAAAUGUGAAAACUCCACAACAGUCGAGUGCGAAUUAAGUCUAUAUGAUGAAUUCAGGAAUUCUAUUCAAGGAAAUGACAAAAAUUUUGUACAAUCGUAUGUGAAGAAAAUCAAGAGCAAUUUUUUCUCCUACUGGAAUGAAUGCGAGUAUCAACUGAAGGAGCUGCGAAAAAGGUACCUGGAGAAUGAGAAAUUAAUCAAAGAAAUUGUCCAGGAGAAUAACCUCCUAAUGAGUAACGUGGACGAUGCUGCGGAUAACUUAACGGAAACUGUCGCAGGUGAAGAAGGGGAGAGCGGACAACAAACCGAAAAGAACCCCCCCAGUGUAGAGCAUUCCACGGAAAAUUAUUCCCCUGUGGAGAAAACCAAAAUGGAGAAAAAAAGACAAAUAUUAAACAACAUCUUGAAUAUAAAAAUGAUUUACAGAAUGAUCGAAAUGUACCUGUUCACCAUGAGGCAGUUCUCCUUUUUAUUGAAAGAAAAUAACAACUUCAUUUCGCUAAUUGUGGAUGAAGAAAAUGUAGAAAAAAAAAACUACGAACGAAUCAUUGGAAAUUUUUUAAACUUUGAAGCUAAGAAUUAUGAAAAAAUUAAAAAGUCAGCUUUAAAAAAUAAAAUGCCAUCUGUCAAUAAUUUUUUUAAAAAUUCCCCACAAGGGAAUAAUUACCCAAAGGAUGAAAUGACCCAUUUUUACACCUUGAAAUGUUUGGAGGAGGAAAUUUCAGAUCGGACAAAGGCAAAAGAAAACUUACGGUUAUUGAUGAUGAAAAAGAAAGAAUGUACAGAAGAAUAUCAGAAGCAUGAUCAGCGGAAAGCCACCUCCUUCAACAAAUUAUCUCUCUUCACCAGUAGCAUCAAAAGCUUUAUAGAUAAGUAUUACACCCUGGAUUUCCCCCAAACGAAAUACUUAUCUUCGGUUUAUUUUAAAAUGAUGCAUGGCCAAAUGGAGAUGAACUCCAGCAACGUUUCCCUUUUGAACAACAAAAGGCCCUUCAACUUUCUCUUCAGCGUUAAGGAGCAGGGUGGUGGCAAUAGCGUCAGUAACAGCGGAGGCAACAGCGGGGGAGCCCUCCACGACGGCUACAACCACGUCUACACCUACAUGAAAUAUGACGUUAUUACGCAAACGCGGAAAAACCCAAAAAAUUCUGAGCCCUCCCCUCAAGAGGAUAUCCACGACGAAUCCGUAACCAUAAACAUGUACACCAAAGACAACUUUGACAUUUCCAUUUUGCCAGAUUUAACUUAUCUGAAAUAUUUGCAAAUACAAAUUGAAAUUUUCUACCUCCUCAAGCGAGAUUGCCUAGUGGCAAAGACCACUCCCGUUCAAUUCUUAGGGCUCAAUGGGGGUCGUAGCCUACUGUCAGAUAUAUACAGCAACGAGGAUCACUUCGUUUUCUUCUCCGAGGGCGUGGACUCUUUUUACAAUUUCAAGUAUGGCUUUCCCUUCUUUUGGCUGAAUGCCAUGGGGGGCAAGCCCUGCGGUAGUAGCAGCGGUAGCGGUAGCGGUAGCGGCAGUGGCGGCGGUAGUGGCAGCGGCAACAACGGGGGAAGCGCCGCAAAUGGUGCAAAUGGUGCAAAUGGCCAGAACGGCGUAAUCGGCGGAAGCGCGCCCAGAGAGCGCCCCGCGAACGAGCAGCUGGACAAAAACAAGCUGUCGGAAAUUUACCAGUGGCACCUGGGAAGGACCCUAGAUGUGUCCGUUUUUUUCUCCAAAAUAUUUACAAGAGCCCUAUUUAGGAUAUGGGACGUCUGGCAAGUUAACCACUACAAGUACUACCCCAAUGUCUUCCCCCCCUUUUCCCAUGAAAAACACCUCGAAGCGUUAAAAAAAAUUCAGUCCAGCUCGUUGCAGCAGGUGUCAUACUUUGACAUUAUAACGGAGGAGGCCUAUUUGAAGGAGGAAAAGGAAAACACGGAGGAACGCAGCAACGACAACCUGUAUGCGUGCUGCUUCAUUCAGCUGUACGAGCCCUACGUGAUCAAGUCGUAUAUUAGCGUCCCCUUCAACGGAAAGGAACCCUACUUUAGCGUAUUUUUAACGAAAAAGAAAACCCAAAAGAGGUUAAAGAAACUGCAAGACUACUUGAACACGACGGUUGUAAAUAAGCACUCCAAAGUUGAGGACACCCAACGGCAAAUCAUUUUAACCUUACAGCUGGCAAAACUGAGGGAGGGGGCGCACAAGUAUUACAAAUCGUUUAGCAAAAGUUCAACACCCAUAUUUGAUGAGGAAAUAAGUUGA